CAUAUGCCGUGGGUACAGCCCCCCAAAAAGAAAGAAAGCCAGAGAGGGAUAUUUGCCCCUGCUCUCACAGAGGUAUACAGGAAAACCAGCAACAAGGACUUCUUCAGUAACUUGAGUGCUCAACUCUGUCCUGGACACUGUGGGGCGUGCAGAAUUAUAGGUUCUGCAGAGACAAAACCAAAGGAUGAUGUGGGCAAGGAGUUAUAUGGUGAGGAACACUAGAAUUAUUUAGAAAUUAUUAUAGCACAUUCUGGACAAAGAGACACAUCAGCUAGCUGUGAGACCUUGAGCAAGCCACAUGCCUUUUCUCCACUCUCUUCUUUAUAGUGGGAGGCAGAGCUAUGCAACCUCUUAAAGUUACUUCCAGCACCAAGAGCACUGGAGUGGUUAGGACAAGUCCUUGUUGAAGAAGUGAGAUUUGAACUACACAUUAAAGGAUAGAAGGGGAAGGGUACCCCAGUGCAGUCCCUGCUUUCAUCUACAUGCUCUCCUCAGCAGGAGGAAGAUUUACUUGGUCUGACAGUGGGGACUGUGAAUUGUUGAGUGUAAUUCGAUGUUUAUUCUCAGUCCUUAUCACAAAAACCCUCUGAGUUUGGUACUGGUAUACCCAAACCACACAACUAACCAGUGCAGCCAGGUUUUGAACCCAAAUGGGACCCUGACUUGCUCUGUUAUUUUGGGAAAAGGGGUACGAGGAGGCCUUGUGGAUGAGGUGAUAGAAAUUCAGCCCUGCCUGGCCUCACCUCUGUACUUUCUUGCCAAGGAUGCAUCUAGUUCCUACCUGUCAACACCUUCUGUCCCCACACCAACCCCUUAGCCCUUGCUUGAUGGGUAGAGCCUUCCCAGUAGCACCUUCACAGGCCCCCUUGCAUAUCUUAACAAGGUUGUGGGGGUCAGUGGGGCCAAGCUCAGCAACCCAAUUGGAGAUGAGGAAAGAGCUUCAGAGCAGUUCUUUGGACUUCAUGGACCAAGAUGUCCAUGGGGCCAGUUGGAGCAAAGACAGAGUAAAGUCUAAAUCAAGUCCCCUGGUUUCUAAAUCAGCUCUCAACAGUUACACUGUGGGGUCUGGGAUUGGGGGAGACCAAAGGCCCUUACCCAAUAGUAGGAAUUUUGGAGAAACUGGAGCAAGCAGCUUUGCCGGACAGUUUCUGGAAGAACUCAAGGCAGUGGUUGGAGACUUCUAGUUUCUGUGGCCUCCAGUGGCCUUGUUUUCCCAUCUGACAGUUUUAAGUAUCUGGCUUCCUCACAUCCUGCUUAUGCGCGCGCGCUCUCUCUCUCUCUCUCUCUCUCACCCUCCUAUGAGCACCACCCUCUCCCAGACCCUAGGAGGGAUAUGGAAAAGGGGAACCAGUGCAGACUGUCAUUUGAUUAUCACAUGAACCAACAGAGACUGUUCAUCUGUGAAGUGGGAACAAGAGCAGUAGGGCUUCUUUCAUCCUUGGUUAUGAGAGUCUGUAAAGGAUGAUGGCUUCUCACUCUAGCCCAGACUGCUGACUCCAGCGACCCCCACCCCCCACCUUGGGAGCGCUGGGGACCCGACCUCCGCCUCCUUUCUGCACGAAGAACUCAGCACCAAGAGCCCCACCAGGUUCUCGUCCCUUCUUUCCUGCUCCAGAGGCCUCCUCCACUGCCAGGUCGCCUCUGCCUCCCACCCCACACACACCGCAGAACCCCCGCCCCCGCCCCCCGCGCCAAGCCCUGGGUGGGGGGGCAAGACUUGUUUUUCCAAGAGAAGGAACCAUCUGUCUUAAGGUUAAUCGGGUGCUUGGGCUCAGAGUUUAGAGGAACAAGUCUCGAGGCCCGGGCAGUGAGGGCGAGUCGGACCUUGGCUGGCCCGGGAAGGGCCGCUCAGGGAGGCAGAAACGCUGGAGCAGCGGAGCCGCCAAGGUCAGGGCCGAGGUGGAGCUCUCCGAGGUGCUGAAACCGCCCAGCUUUCGGUCCCGCGAGCGCCCCAGCGGGCCCUCCAGCUCCGCGCAGGCAGAGCCCCAGAUUCCGAGGGUCCGGCCCUUGGGGUUCUGAACACCUCGAGACCUGCAGUUCGCACUCUGGGCUCCGCUCCGGGUGACCUUGGGUACUCAAUUUUCCCUCACAGGCAUCAAUGAACUUGCCUCCCGGGCCGCGGAUGGCUGACUGCAGGUCCAUUCCCGGGGCUGGGGAGAGGGUGCGCCCUCCCUUCCCAGCCUGGAGCGCGAGAGCAGGGAACCGGGCGGCAGGAAUGGGAGGCGGGGAGGGGUUGUGUACGAUGAGCGGGCUCCUCUCUGGGGACCGUCGCUUGGCUUUUUUCUCCAGCUCCUCCCCAGGCCCCGACGGCGACCCUCUUCUCUGACUGCCGGGUUGCCAACAGGCAGACCCGAGGCUAGAAACCACUGGCCCUCGGCUCUCUGCCCCGACGGAACCGUGGCAGUAGAGCUGGUCCCACCUACCCGUACCUCCUGUUGGGGUCAAACACUCGCGACUCCGCGGUCCUGCUACGAGUGGGACCUUGUAAGGAGUGAGGUUCGGGCGGGGAGCGGGACCACCUCCAGGUCCCGGGCGCUUGGUCAGAGCGGAGGCGGGAGCGUAGCCAGACGGGGCUGCCAGCUCCCUUCCCAGCCCGCGAGGGGGCGCCUCGUCCCCAUGACAACGCGGACACCCCACCCCACCCCCAGCCUCCUAGGAGGGCAGCGCCCCCCGCUAAGCAGAACUGGCGACCGUGGGCGGUGCCCCCACAGUGUCCAAGUGGGGAGCUGCCGGCCGGCUCCAGUGAGGGGCGCGCGUAGCUGGGGUCCCCGACGCCCCGGGUGGUGCCCCCCGCGCCUCCCCUUUGGGUGGCCGGCCCGGGGCGGGCGGCGCGGCCCCACCAGGAUUGGCUGCUUCCCCGUGACAUCACGCGGCUCGGGGAAAAGUGCGAGCGUGAGCGCGAGUCGGAGCCACAGCGCUGGGAGCUGCGGGCGGAGCAGGGGCCGCCCCUCUGCACCCCGUCCCCGCCCCCGGCCCGCGGCCCGGCCGCCCGCCCCGCCUGCUGGCCCGUGGGGCCACCCGCCGGUCCCGCCGUCUGUCAGGUGCGAGGGGAACGGGGCGGAGGUGUCUGGACACCGUCUGCUGCCCACGGCCACGGCCCGAAAUGGCCAACGUCACACCCGUCAACGGCAGCGCGGGCAACCAGUCUGUGCGCCUGGUCACGGCGACCCACAACCGCUACGAGACGGUGGAGAUGGUGUUCAUCGCCACGGUGACGGGCUCCCUGAGCCUGGUGACUGUCGUGGGCAACAUCCUGGUGAUGCUGUCCAUCAAAGUCAACAGGCAGCUGCAGACGGUCAACAACUACUUCCUCUUCAGCCUGGCGUGCGCCGACCUCAUCAUCGGCGCUUUCUCCAUGAACCUCUACACCGUGUACAUCAUCAAGGGCUACUGGCCUCUGGGCGCCGUGGUCUGUGACCUCUGGCUGGCCCUGGACUACGUGGUGAGCAACGCCUCCGUCAUGAACCUGCUCAUCAUCAGCUUUGACCGCUACUUCUGCGUCACCAAGCCGCUCACCUACCCGGCCCGCCGCACCACCAAGAUGGCCGGCCUCAUGAUCGCCGCCGCCUGGGUCCUGUCCUUCGUGCUCUGGGCCCCGGCCAUCUUGUUCUGGCAGUUUGUGGUGGGCAAGCGGACGGUGCCGGACAACCAGUGCUUCAUCCAGUUCCUGUCCAACCCGGCGGUGACCUUCGGCACGGCCAUCGCCGCCUUCUACCUGCCCGUGGUCAUCAUGACGGUGCUCUACGUCCACAUCUCCCUGGCCAGUCGCAGCCGCGUCCACAAGCACCGGCCCGAAGGCCCGAAGGAGAAGAAGGCCAAGCCCCUGGCCUUCCUCAAGAGCCCCCUGAUGAAGCAGAGCGUCAAGAAGCCACCCCCGGGAGAGGCCGCCGCCCGGGGGGAGCUGCGCAACGGGAAGCUGGAGGAGGCCCCCCCGCCGGUCCUGCCGCCCCCGCCGCGCCCCGUGGCCGACAAGGACACCUCCAAUGAGUCCAGCUCGGGCAGUGCCACCCAGAACACCAAGGAGCGCCCACCCACGGAGCUGUCGACCACAGAGGCCACCACGCCGGCGGCGCCGGCGCCUCCCCUACAGCCACGGACCCUCAAUCCGGCCUCCAAGUGGUCCAAGAUCCAGAUCGUGACGAAGCAGACGGGCAAUGAGUGUGUGACGGCCAUCGAGAUUGUGCCUGCCACGCCGGCUGGCAUGCGUCCGGCGGCCAAUGUGGCCCGCAAGUUUGCCAGCAUCGCCCGCAACCAGGUGCGCAAAAAGCGGCAGAUGGCAGCCCGGGAGCGCAAGGUGACUCGGACCAUCUUUGCCAUCCUGCUGGCCUUCAUCCUCACCUGGACGCCCUACAACGUCAUGGUCCUGGUGAACACCUUCUGCCAGAGCUGCAUCCCUGACACCGUGUGGUCCAUUGGCUACUGGCUCUGCUACGUCAACAGCACCAUCAACCCGGCCUGCUACGCCCUCUGCAACGCCACCUUUAAAAAGACCUUUAGGCACCUGCUGCUGUGCCAGUAUCGGAACAUUGGCACUGCCAGGUAGGCAGGCAGGGGUGCCACAGGAGGCGCUGGUGUGUGCGCGGGGGACCGCAUGGCUCGGCUGCUGUGGGGGAGAGUUUGGGAGGCACUUUCGAGGGUUCGUGCUCACUGGCCGCCGAAGAGAACUGAGGUCCCCAAGACCUGUGAGGCUGAGGAAGACGCUCUGGCCGGAUCCAGAGACCAGAUCUCUGCUCAGGCCGAGGAGAGUCCGCCCCAGGAAGUGACUGAACCGGACCGUCUGACCCAUCUCUGUGGCCCUGCCUCAGGCAGCUGAGGGGCACUGGCCGACGUGGGCACUGGCCCCACUGUGACCAGCCAGGGUGGUGAGAGAAUGGACAUCUGGAGCAGAGCAGAGCCCGGCUCCCCUUGGGAAGAGCAUAGGGGCCAGUGCCUGGGAAAGGAGGCUCAGGAAGGAGAUGGAAGUGGAGGGUCCCCCACUCAGCUGGAAUCGGUGCUUUCUGCCCCCCUUGCACCCCGCAUGUAGGCUCAGCCCCCUCCUCCCAGAUCCCACCCCAGGGGCAGAAAUCCCCCCUCCCCGCAGCUAGCUACUCAGCCAGGCUCUGGUUGGGUGGGAGGGUGGGUGGGCUGGAGGCCAGGCAGAAGGGGCUUCGAACACAGCCCCCUCCCAGCACUGCCCUGGUCACCUUCAGGAUGGGCCAGCGGGGGAGGUCAGGGGUUCACUCAGGAACCGAGGUCUGGCCACCCAGAGCCCCAGGCCGGGCGGAGUGGUCCUUGUUAUUCUGAAGAAUUGGCCCCCCUCCCCAAGGAGACAGCUGGUCCCAGGUCACACAGAGCAGAGCGAAGGUGGGACUGUGGCGAGUGGUGUUGCCCAGCUGGCCUCUGCAGAGUGUGAGGGACACCUGGGUCACCAGGAAGAAGAUGGGGGUGGACAUGCCCCCCCCUCCCCAGCAGGCUUCAGCGACUGCGGGUGUGAGGCCCUUGGGGAAGACAAGCAAUCCCCAUGUCUACUCUCCCAGUGGACAGAAAUUUCCAAUCCAACAGUGGGCUGGACCAAAAGACCUUUACGUGGGUGAGGCGGAGAUGGGGAGUCCGUUCCACUGAGUGUCCCGGAUUCCCUCCCCCAGCCCUGGUUGUGGCCCCUGGAGAGAGAGGACUGAAAGGCUCAGGGGACUUGGUGGAAGCACCCUUCCAGGGGUCAGUAGGGGGCCUUGGAAGAAAUUUUCCUAACUGUCCUUUCUCCAUGAACUCUGGGGAAGCAUCACCGCCAAGCCCUCAACCUCCCAAAAGCCACCAUUCCCUCCAGUCCUCUUUCUUCCACUCUCCCACCUCCAACAAAUGACCAUAGCAAACUCUCUGGGAAGGGGCUUUUAUAUAUUAAAAGAAAAGCUUUUAUUGGGAAAAAAAAUGAUAGUUUAUUUUGUUUCUUAGUAAUGGCAUCAUUGAGGGGAAGGAGCACAGCGGGCCCAGGGGGGAAUCAAAUCCCUUUAGGGGAGGAGGCUCAAGCUGCCCAGAAUCCCUUGUCCCUCCCCACUCCGGGCACUUGCGGGUGGGGGUGGGAGCAUGAAAGGGAGGAAGCGGGGCAUGAUUGAUAAAGCUAACGAGUAGGCAAAAGGCACUGGUGGGUUAUUUCUUGGGCCUGUGGAAGGAGGGCGUGGGCCAGGCCC